AUGGUUCUCAAAGUUGGCAUUAAUGGCUUUGGACGUAUAGGCAGGGUGAUUUUUAGGACAUGUUUAGAAAACACUGAUUUGGAGGUAAAGGCGAUUAAUGACCCGGCUGUAGACAUUGAAUAUAUCAGUUACCUUAUAAAGUUCGACUCGACUCACGGCAAAUUAAAAUGGGAUGUUACAUACGCAGACAACGAGAUUACUAUUAAUGGAAAUAAAAUAAAAGUUUUUCGCGAGAAAAACCCAUCAAAUAUACCGUGGCAGUCAGCAUCUAUUCAAUACGUUGUGGAAGCAUCGGGAAUUUUCACUAACUACGAUAAGGCGUCGGGCCAUUUAUCGAGUAAAUGUGUCAAACGAGUAUUGGUGACAGCCCCCAGUAUCGACGUUCCAAUGUUGAUAAUAGGCGUUAACGAAGACAGAAUAAAUAAAGAUCAGAAAGUAAUAUCUUGCGCGUCGAGUACUUUAUACUGUUUGGCUCCAAUUAUUAAGGUUUUAGAAGAUAACUACAGAGUUGAAGAAGGUUUUAUAACUAGCAUCCAUGCUAUGACGCCAUCUUUGAAACCGUUGGAUGGAUUGUGUUUAAAGGGAAAGCACUGGAGGGACCAUAGAAGCAUCCACCAGAACAUAAUACCGGCUGCUACGGGCGCCUGUAAAGCCCUCGGGAAGAUCAUACCGGGUGUUAGAGACAAACUGACGGGCUUAGCGUUCAGGGUACCUGUUGUUAACGUCUCUGUACUCGAUAUAACUAUACGAUUAAACAAAAGCACAUCAAUCGGGCACAUUGUUAAAAGUGUUGAAGACCAGGUGAGAUCUCCAUUGAAGAAUAUUAUCAAGACUAGUAAUGAUGAGGCAGUGUCCUCAGAUUUUCUUGGCGAAGAGAAGUCUUGCAUCCUCGAUGUCAACUCCUGUUUACAACUGACACCAAAUUUCUUUAAACUUAUUUGUUGGUACGAAAACGAAUAUUCCUAUGCAUGCAGAGUCGUCGAUUCAAUUAAGUUUUUGGAGAAAAUUUGUCAAUUGGAACUGGUGCCAAAGAAUAUUUUCAGGAGGCUUUCGGUGACGCCCAGACUAUCCAAGGAAAGGCCGAUACCGUUUUACAAUAGAGAUUUAUUUUGUAAUACUUUAAUACAAAAUAGAUCUAAGCUGUACAUGCCCCAUGAGUUCAAUGAAAGACCACCGACCCCAAUGAGUUCGAGGCAACAUUUAGAUAUACACAAUUCAGGAUCCAUGCAAUCUAUCUGCGAUCAGAAACAAAUUUACCCUCCACAAAAUAGAACAUCGCUAUUUCAAAGCUGCGCACCAUUCGAAACUUCGGACAAAGAACGUAAAAAUUAUCAAAAAACUCAGGAACGUUUGGAAGAAGUGAAAAAGGAGUUCUCGAAAAUGGUAGACAUGACAGAGAAACUUUUGAAGAAAUCGAAAGAGAGUAAUUCACAUCUCGAAACUAGUGCACCAAAAGAACAAUACAAAGAAGAAAAAGAUAUUAAAAAUGAUUUGUUACGUGAAAAAAUAACGCCUAUUGUGGUUGAUAAUAAGAUUAUUGAUAAUAAAGACGAAAAUCUCAAACAUUCAGAUGAUGAACAAGUACAGGAGAUCAAAGACGAUGAAUUUAACGAUUGUUCUAGACUUAGCGACCUGGGAACGUCAAUCGAUGAAAAUGACAGUUCAAAUGACAUUAGAUCUGUCAAAAAUUUAAAUAUUAUAACAGUUAAUAAUGUAGAACACAUUGAGAAGCCUACACAUAACAAAAGCAAUGAUGAUAUAAUAAAAGAUAAAUUUCAUUGUGAAAAAAAUUAUCAUCGUGCCGUAGAAAAUAAAAACAAAUUGAAUGAAAAUUGUACUAAAGAGCACAGUGUGAUUUUGAGCACUAAGAUCAAAAACAAAACCGAAUUAGAAACCAGUGAAUCGUGCUCAACUUCUGGAGAAAAACAAGAGAAUGAAACUAAAAACUCCAUCCCCAAUAAAACUAACGCCAUUGAUAUGAAAAAGAAAAUUAUAGGAGAAAUUAUAAAAAAGAUGUCAAAAGAUACGACGGAAGAGACUAAUGAUGUCAGUUUCAUUUAUAAAAAAACAUCGAUAACCAAUGCCGUGGGAAAUAAACUGAACGAUAUUUACGAUAAAUUGGACAGCACUAGUGCAACGGAUUCCGAGAAUUCCUUCCAAAUACACGAAAGAAAAUCACAAGUCAUCGAACUAACAGAUCUCACUAACUCCAUAGAAGACCUCGCCCGCUUGGACAAAAUAUGUAGAAUCAUAGAAAUUUCCGACGAACUAUCAGACAAAUUACUAUCAGCCCUGGAUAAAAAAGAACCGAAUCAUAAGAGGAAGAAGUGGUCCUUCAAGGACUUGUGUGAAACCAUAAAGUUGGAUGAGUUCUGUAAUAAAGUGUUCGGUUCCCAGACAAGCAAAUAA